UCUCUCUCACAUCAUCUAAUCCCUUCUCGUAUGCCUGCCUUUUUCUCUCUUCGAAUUUGUUCCCUCUUCCCCUCCCUACAUCACCCCUGCCCCCUUCCAAACUCACCUCUCACAGCCACAAGCUCUCUUACCCAUUUUUCUUUGCCUCUUCUUUGGAUUUGAAUUCUGAUCUUUUAGAGUUACUGCAUCUGUGAGCAAGAUCGGUCGCGUGCAUAGGUUCCCCGGCUACCCAGUUCAGAAAAGUUGAGAUUUUAUAUCAUAUCGAGAAGUGGGUAGAUUGGAUACUCGCAAGUUCAGUUCUGAAUCGGAGAAUCAUGUCUUGGUUACAAGUUUGCCAUUAAACAUAAAAAAGGGGAAGGUCUUUGUAUAUUAUUAGGAAGAUUCAGGAUGAAGAGAGGGAAAGAUGAUGAAAAGGUGAUGGGGCCAAUGUUCCCUAGACUACAUGUCAAUGAUACAGAGAGGGGAGGUCCAAGAGCACCACCCAGGAAUAAGAUGGCCCUCUAUGAGCAGUUUAGUAUUCCAUCUCAAAGGUUCAAUUCAGGUGUUCUGCCACUCAACCCAAAUAUUUCAAGUAAUACAGUUCCCCCAGCAUCCUCAAGUCAGGGGACCGUCCCUGAGAGAAAUCAUGUCUUCCCUGUUCACUUGCCACCGCAAAAUCCUAUUCGUCGAGCUGAAAAGUGCAUCUCUCGCCAGUCAGAAGGGGCAAAUUUGAGUGCUUCUCUUGAACAGAGAAAGAAGAUAGAUGAAGAUGACUUUAGGGUUCCUGUAUACAUUCAUUCAAGGAUUGGUCAAUGUAAUAAUAAAAGUGUUGAGAGUUUUGAUGCGAAAAAGCUCACUCCUACAGGCUUUAGGUAUUUCGGUGGUUCUGUUGCAGGGCAAAGUGAUUGUGAAAGGGAUCCAAAGCAAUUUGGCUCCUCACUUGUCAAUAUGAGAAAAGAUGUGAGAAGCGAGAUUGAUGGUCUUCCACAAGUAAGUACAAGGAAGGAGCAUCCAUUGAUGUCUGUCACAAGCAUAUCAACUGGAGAAAAUAUUGACACAGUAAAACACGCUAAGGUCACUCCGAAUCAAGAGUUUCAAGAUUGUCAUGUAUCAAAACAAAACAGAUUACGGCAAGGAGAUGCUUGCUUACGGCAUGAUUGUGGAGUGGCGUCUCAAUCCAAUGACAUUGGACAUAAUGGUUGCCUUGUUGAAUCUGCAAGGGAGACAGACAAGGGAAAUGCCCCUACAGUAAACAAAAUUAGUCCAGCUGAGGCAAUCAAUGAUACCAGACAUCAUGGUACCAGGACGGGCAGUUCGAUACAGAGGGGAAACUUAAAUAAAAGUGACAAUGCUUCCAAGAUCUCCAUGGUAGAAAAUUUGUCAACUGCGAAAAUUUCUCCCGAUGAUGUUGUUGGAAUAAUAGGUCAAAAACAUUUCUGGAAAGCUAGAAAAGCCAUUGCUACUCAACAGAGAGUGUUUGCUGUCCAAGUGUUUGAGUUGCAUAGAUUGAUAAAGGUCCAACAGCUGAUUGCUGGAUCACCAGAUAUUUUGGUUGAAGAUGGUACUUUUCUGGGAAAGUCUCCUGCGAAGGAAUCUACUCCCAAGAAACUCCCACUGGAAUAUGUUGUAAAACCUCGGCAACAAAACCUUAAGCACAAAGAUGAUUCCGAAAAGCUAAACCAUAAAAUGGAAUGUUGUGCAGAGAAUGCAGUUGGCAAAACAUCUCUUUCAUCGGUGAAAAACGGUAGCCACCUUUCAAAUUACACCCCUUUUCCUGGAAAUCCGCAGCAAACAAAUGUGGGUGCUGAUAGUGGGAUGGGCCCCUGGUGUUUCCAUCAGUCACCUGGGGACCAAUGGUUAAUUCCUGUGAUGACUCCUUCGGAAGGGCUGGUCUACAAGCCAUAUCCUGGGCCUGGAUUCACAGGAACAGGUUAUGGAGGAUGUGGCCCUGCUCCUUUAGGUGGUGCUUUUAUGAAUCCUGCCUAUGGAAUCCAAACUUCUCAUCAAGGAGACACUCCUCCUGGCAGUCAUGGUUACUUCCCUCCAUAUGGCAUGCCAUUUAUGAAUGCAGCAAUGUCAGAGUCAGCUGUUGAACAAGUGAACCAGUUUUCUGCAUUAGGUUCUCGUGGUCAUUUAUCCAGAGGGGAAGGCAAUCUUAACACAAACAAUCAAAGCUCUUGUAAUUUACCAGUUCAGAAGAAUGGAGCAAUGUCUCAUGCCCUGAAAUAUCAGACAUCUAAGGACUUUGAUUUGCAGGGUAGUACAGCAAGUAGUCCUGGUGAAAUGGCACAAGGAUUAAGCACAGGGCAACAUGCCGAAGGAAGAGACGUACUUCCCCUUUUCCCUAUGGUUUCUGCAGAACCAGAGUCUGCUCCUCAGUCCCUUGAAACCGGUCAGCAAACUCGAGUAAUCAAAGUGGUGCCUCAUAAUCGAAGAUCUGCAACUGAAUCAGCAGCUAGAAUUUUUAAAUCGAUUCAAGAAGAAAGAAAACAGUAUGACUCGGUGUAGUGAUGAUAGUGUGUAGUUCUUGUACUUCAUUGGAGUAUGUCAUGUAACGGGCUGUUGUAUUUUAUACUUUUUGUUUUGGUUUUGACCUUUUUACAGAACAUUGGUAUGUAGAUAUAUCUGGCAUAUCAAAACUGGUCAAAAUGUAAUAUUUAUUGUAUGUAAUUUCCACACCUUUGACACAUAUUGUGUUGGCUCUCUACUUCCUCUUUGCUUGGGAGGUUGUUGACCCUAAUGGAGACUGGUCGUGAUUGUCAUACAUGAAUUUCAUGUAAUUGAUUUGGCAGUGGAAAUGCAACUCCGCUCAAUUUGCAUGCGAAUGCGAUAUAUAUGUAGACAACUUUCAACAUUUUCAUUC